UGCAAUCCAUCAUAGUGACCGACGACAUCUCAUCUCUCUGGCUACCACUUAGCAUAGAUGCCAUCACCACCAUCAACACUCGACCCCGACCGCGACUCGCAAAGUUCAUAGGCAGUCUAGAGUAACAGCGUCCUGUUAACGAACCCCUACCGGAUAUUCGCAAUCGACAUUAGGCACCUAUCUCGCUGCGUUCUCGUAAUCAGGACAUUGCAUGAUUAUGCAUAGAUUGGACCAAUUUAUGUGCCAAGCCGCAUAUUGACGGCCCCAAUACCUGCCUUACCGUAGAUCUAACUGUGUACAGGCUCGCUUUUGCCUUGCCGCCAUCCCACCAAAUCCAACGCUCGCAGCCCCUAUUUCGCGCCGCACCCUUCACGGCUUUCCUUAGCCCUUCGUGCUCUUGUACGGCCUUCAUAGCUCUUCAAGCAUUGGGGUCGGCUUGUGUGUUGCUUGAGCGUUGCCUAAUCACGCCCAUACAUGUACAGAAACUCUACAUGUAUUUUCUACAUACUAGCCGCACUCUCGAGAAACAGUGUUUCACUGAUGCAUGCGUCACUAGGUCGAGUAUCACCGCUGCAAAACUUUGAAUCGGAAGAGCAAAGACACACAAAUGAUACAGAGGGACCGUUCCCCCACCCUCUCUCUCAAUCUCUCUCCGUGUGUGUGUGUGUGUGUUGGUUUGUUGUAAACAUACACAUAAAAAGGUAAAUUACGAUCAUAAAGGACACGAAAUGCCUAGAUUGGUGAUAACAUCCGGCGCAUGGAUCAAUCCCUCCCGUCGUUUAAUGAGAAUGAUACUGGUUACCACCACGGUCUGUACGGUAGAGACGGUGAGAAGGGUGUGAGCAAAUAGGUCGCAUGAAGAGAAUAAGAAAAA